ACUGCUCUGUUCGCAUUGUGGAGUAAAAUACGAAACUAAGUAUAUCCAAUCCAAGCGUUCACUCUAUUUGCACACCUGCAGAUAGUAUCUUUCGUCACUUUAAAUUUACUUGUUUUGUUAUCUAAAUGAGGAGAUGAAAUUGCCUGCCGUGGGUUGUUUCUAGAAAAAAGAUUGCAGAGUAUAGAGUGGAUAGUCUGUGACUGCUCAUCGAUUAAAAUAUACUUUGUUCGGACUCCUCUUGGAUUAAAUAUUUAGUUAAAAGGCGUGGAGUAAACUAAGAGAUGGCUUCACUGAACAGUGAAACAAAUCCCACAAUGGAGGAACUAAAUCGCUCGCCGUUCAUGAAUUUCAAAGUCCUCUACAUCACAACCCAAAUGGUUGGUAUUACUCUGAUUAUAAUUAUGGGCAGUUGGAUUGGAACUCAUCUAGGAGGAUUUUCGUGGACUUCAAAUCCCAAAACAGAAUUCAAUUGGCACCCAUUCCUAAUGACUAUCGGAAUGGUCUUUCUCUACGGAAAUUCAAUACUGAUAUAUCGUGGCAUGCGCCGGUUGCGAAAGAAGAAACUGAAACUGCUCCAUGCAUCGAUUCACAUGACUGCAUUUGUAUUGGUGGUUAUUGCGCUGAUUGCAGUUUUCGAUUCACACAAUUUGCCAGCAGUGCCAAUUCCGAACUUGUAUUCACUGCACUCAUGGCUGGGAAUUUUGGCUGUGAUACUGUUUGCCUGCCAAUGGUUGGGAGGAUUUGUUUCGUACCUGCUACCAGGAAUGCGUCAAGUCUAUAAAGAGGCCUAUAUGCCAGUUCAUAUUUUCUUUGGGUUGUUUGGAUUCGUGCUGGCCGUGGCCAGUGCAUUGCUUGGACUAUCGGAGAAAGCUUUCUUUUCUAUUGGCAAUUAUCCGGAGCUACCAAAUGCUGGCCUAAUGGUGAAUUUCAUGGGAGUACUCCUUAUGAUCUUCGGUGGAUUGGUCGUCUAUCUAACUACUGAGCCGGACUACAGAAGGCAACCACUGCCUGAAGAUGCUAUUCUUCUAACGGGUGCUAACGAGUAAACCAAAUUAUAACUGACUUGACAACGACUUAAAUAGAAUUUCGUCUCAAAUUUAGUGGUACUACGAACGUCUACUUUGAAUUCCUUAUUUUUACUAAUUAAGUUUAUAGAAAAUCGUGAUAAUUUACAAAAGUAGCAAGAUAUAUUUUACGUUCAUAUUAGGUUGUUGAUUUUUAUAGAGAGAUAUUUCUAUAUUUUUAUACGCUGUUAUUACAUGCUGAAUAUAUUUUAAAUGUGAUUAAGUCUCGUUUGGUUCUAUUUUAAAAUAACAAUUCCUUCAACAAAAAGCAAACGCAUAUGUACAUGGAAAGACGGGUAAAAUAUGGAAGUGUGUUGAUAUGAUAUGUUGUGUAUCUAUUGUAAAUUUAUGGAAAUCAUAAAGACUUAUGCUAUCAAGGGAUAUAUUGUAACUUAAAAUGUGCGCGCAUUAAUAAAAUAUUGUAUCUAUGUA